AUGUGCUCAUGUCGUUUAGUGCCAUCUCGUAGCAUUCUCCAAUCAUUUGUUUCCUCCCAUAAAUCAGAUGUCUUCAAGUGCUUCUCCAACACCGAAGGGCGCAUGAUGACCACACCAUAUGCCUGUGCAUUCUCCAACUGCGCAAAAGAAGGGCGGGAUGCUCUGUUGGCGACUGCCACAGAGGAAGGGACUAUCAUCAUAUUGAACACAGCGAAACGGCGAGACUGGGACUACGAACCCCAGCGUACGGUGCUUACCCCUCACUCGAAUGGGAUCUUUGACGUGAAAUGGAGCGCGGACGACACGCGUAUAGCCACUGCUUCUGGAGACAAGUCGAUCCGAAUAACCUCAGUCGAACGUCAAACCGUCCUACACACUCUGAGCGGACACUCUAGUACCGUCAAAUGUGUGGCUUGGGAUCCAACUCACAGGGACAUCCUGUGCUCAGGAAGUAGAGACGGUUCUAUCCGUAUAUGGGAUUUGCGAGUGAGCGGACAGCUCAUGGAGGAUAACUCUGUAACCUUGGAGAGUGUUAUCACACAUCUGGCAGCGCAUGGCAAAGAGAAAAUCACUGGUCGAAGAAAGACACAACCCCAUCCCAGAACAGUCACCAGCGUCGUCUAUUCAGGCAACGCUCCCCACGGGCUGGUUAGCAGCGGAAGCCACGACGGGAUAUUGCAUUACUGGGAUAUGCGUCUGCCUUCAGACUCACCGAAGAAAACAAAGAAGCUUCCGACGAGUCCCAUUCGCUCGUCUUCAGUGGAUCCGACUGUCCUCCAGGGAUCGUGUCGUCCUCGGGGAAUCAAGAGCGUAACUGCUGGCUCGGGACCCUCCGCUGGGCUUCUCUUCGCUUUGGGAUCCGAUUCGCGUUUGCACACCUACGACACAUCCUCCUUGGUGCCCCUCGCUGCCGACACACACCCCAACCUUCGGGUAGACACGUUCUACGUUCGCACGUCUAUUUCGCCAUGCGGUCGUUGGCUUGCUAGUGGCAGCUCAGGGUCUCAUGGCAGUGUUUUCCUCUUCGACGUCAGCAAUGCUGGAAGACUUUCAGCCGCUACGGGUCUUGCAGGUGGAUCAAGACAGCCCGUAGAGCUGAGAGGUCAGAGUGGAGAAAUUGGAGCUUUGGACUGGGCAGAUGAUAUGCUGGCUACUUGUGCGGAUGAUUGCACAGUCCGGCUAUGGCGCCCGGACCUCGACAUUCACCAUCAAUGUCUUGAAGAUCCAGAGGAGAAGAAGUGGGAGUGGUGCUGGACACCGCCUCUGUAG